UUCAGCCACACGCGCCCCCCCUCCCGCGCCGGCACACCGCGGGGGCAGCGGGGAGGAGGAGGAGGAGGAGGGGAUGCUGAUGGCAGCGCCGGCCUGCGCGGAGGCCUGCGGGGAAGUUGCGGGGUGUGCGUGUGUGCGAGGGUGGUCUGAGGUGACGGGGGGGGGCGGGAAGUUGGCGCCGUGUCCCCCCCCCGGGCAGGUGCAGCGCGGGGCGGGGGCGCCGCCCCGCCGGGCCCCCCGGCGGCCGCGGGGGCCGCGCUUACUUCAGCCUCGGCCAGAACAAAAACAUAAUGAAGGAGGGGGGAUGGGAUUUUUAUUUUUAUUUAAGGGGAAGAAAAAAAAAAAGCCACAGCCCUGGGAGUAGCUGUCACCGCGCGCAUUAAACUAGAGAACUGGCUAAUCAAAUAAAACUGGCUCAUUGUCUGAAACUCUAUCCCAGCGCAAAAUGCGGCUGUGAAUGUAAUUAACCAUCUGUCUGGCGGGCGGCGGAGCGCCGGGUCCGUGCGGUCGGCACCCGGGCGCUGCCAUCCCCGAGCCCCGGGAUGUGCCCGGUGUGCGUGUGCGAGGAGGAUGCUGGAGCGAGGGGGGGGAAUGAAAUCCUUCCUCGGCCCCGAGGCGAGCGAGCGAUGCACGGUGCGAUAGAUGAACCCAAACAAGCCGUGGGGGACCGGCGGUGAACGCCGAGGCGAUCGGUUUGCCGUGGGUGAUGCUCCGCCGCGUUCCGCCUCCCGCGGGGAGCCCGCGCAGGAUGGUCUCCAUCGUCAUCAAAUACAACUCCUGUCAUUCUCCUCUUCCAUUCACCUACCCAAAGACCAAAUCUGGAAAUAGUAACCAAAAGAGAAGCCCACGUCACGCACAGAGCAGGGAAAGGUUGAAAUAAUUGAAGGGUUGGCCAGAUGCAGUGGGGCAUGGAGUGAACAGAAAGAGGUUAAAUUGAUGGAUGACCAACAAGAGCAGGAUUGUGCCUCAGAAGACCAAGAAACUAUCCUGAUUAAUGGGGUGAAAGAAAAUGAGCCGCACGCCCUGGACGCCGAUGAGAGGCCCUGCAGCGCCGCCGAGGCAGCGGCGCCGUUCCCGGCGCUGAGCGCGGCUCCCAAGGAGGGCCCCGCGUGCCACCGCGCCCCGACGGCCAAGAAGCCCUGCCUGCUGAGCCCCCAGUCGCCGCUGCGCCUCACAGAUGUCCCCGAGCACGCCUCGGACGACUCCUCCGCCCACGCCAUCUCCCUCACGUCCUGCGUGACCAAGGGCAUGAGCUCCUGGUCGCUGCCGGGCGACUGCGAGAAGGCUCCUUUCACCAUGAUGGAGCCCGGGGGGAUGUCGGCGCUGACGGGAGACUGCCUGAUGCAGCCGAGCCGGACCUGUCUGGGCUGCUUUAUUGAAUCCAAGGACGGCAUUGAUGCGGAGCCGGGAAUAAGCUUGAAAGUGGGGGAUAUAAAUAGGGAUUAUGACACCUGUUCGGUCUCUGAUAUAGGGAUUCACUGCAUGAGCACAGGAGAAACCAUGAGAUAUGGGGAUCAACUGCUUUCAGACCAGCUUUUAAGCUUCCCUAUGCAUAAAUCGAGGGCAGCGGACAAAAGAGAUGCAGAGAAAUCUGACAGUGAUUCAGAGGACCCCACUCAGAAAAAUUAUUACGAGGGAUUACUAUUAGACAAAUGCAAUGGUGAGGAACCUUUACUAACAAAUCCCAACCAGGAAUGGGGCUAUUUUGAAUCUUUCAUUAGUGAAAGUAAAAUUGAGCUGCUUGACCUCUGCUCCAAAAAUGAGCUUUCUGUAAAUCUGUUUUCUGAGGAAGACGUGGACAAUUACAUGUUCGAUGAUGACGAUUCCACCUUGGGAAGUGAUGUCUGCUCCCUAAAGAUUAGAUAUGAAUCUUUCCAGGACAAUGUGCGGGAGAAGACCACCACGCUACAAGAGGAUGCCCAGUUCAACUUCUUCCCCAGCGUGUUCAGCAACUGCACCAAAAGGGACAGCAGGAGCACCCUGAAAAGGGGGCCCAGCGGUGCCACCGACCCUUCUCAAUUCAAAUCCGAGGAAGGCAUCAUCUGGGGGGAGGAGGAGGAGGAUGGCGAGGAAGAGGACGGUGAGGAGGAGGAGAAAGCUGCCUUAAAUAAAUCUUGCAACAGCACAGAGAUGGUGCAGUACGUGGGCUCCAAGAGGAGCCACUUCUUGGACUCGGUGAAUUCCACAGAGGACUCCGGGGAGUUCAGCGAUGACAGCACUUGCACGGAGUCCUCCUACGACGUGCUGCGGGACAUCAAGGACUGCAGCCGGUACCUGGCCCGGGACCACUCUGGCUCCUUUAUCCAGCAGAACUACGGCUUGCGGGCGAAGAGGAAAGUGCGAUACAGCGACGACUACCUGUACGAUGUGGACUCCAUCGAGAAUGAGAAGAUCCUGGACAAGAAGGAGUGGCUCCCGGACGGGCCCAAGGAGGAGGACGACGACGAGUGGUGCCCCAAGAAACGGCGAAAAGUCUCUCGCAAGGAGCCCCCUGUGAUCAUCAAGUACAUCAUCAUUAACAGGUUUAAAGGGGAGAAGCAUAUGCUGGUGAAGCUCAGCAAAGUGGAUGCCAACGAGACAACUGUUACUCUGAACGAGGAGCUGCUCAGCAAAUACAAGAAGCUGGCCCCACUGAAGGGCUUCUGGCAGGAGAGGCAGCAGAGCCGGCUGGAUUUGCUUAGAUCGUCUCUCUACCACAAGCAGAAUUUCUAUCUUAACGGCUCAGAUGCUUCGUUCCUCCCUCACCCACGGAAGCGAAAAUGCAAGCUAGCAAACAGGCACCGGAUUCAAAGAAUUAAAGCCAUCGAGCAAUCAGUGAACAAGCUGGGCUCUUGCUCCUCUGAUCACAAGCAGCCUUGCAGCAGUAAGGAGGACGUGGGCCUGAAAGGGCUGCCGGCAUUAGCCAUUGCCACCCCCAGCUGUGCCAACGGAUUACACGUCCACGACAUCGCGGGCAUCGCCGUGAAAUGCAAACCACAGGAGCGGGAGCACAAGGGGACGGAGCGGAAAGUGCUCCGCAGAAUCAAAUUCAAAAGUGAAGCCAGGUUGAAGUGCAAGAAGAUUAAAGCUGCCACCAGUACGGCAGAGGACUCCCCAGCACUGGAAAAUCAGGACUCCGCAGCGCGUCUGAAGGACGAAAACAGUCCCUGUGCUUCAGACAGCUCCCAUCUCCCCGAGUGCCACGAGGAUAAAGUUGCUAAAAAUUCUCCUUUCCUACCAUCCACCUCCUCUUCAGACAAGCCUCUGCCAUCUGCUAAUAUCACCACCAAUGUACCCCUGAUCCCCGGAGGGUAUCUGCAGACGUUGUUAGAUGCUUCAGAUCUGUCGAGCAACACGGGUAUCCCGUACUUCGCCCAGCACCCCUCCGAGCAGCAGCAGCAGCACCCGCUCCCCAGCAUCGUCCCACCGGAAAAGCCCUUCCCGUCCCUGCAGCCGGCGCAGAGCUGCGUGCUCUCCCCUCCCUCCGAGUCGGAGCUGCAGCAGUCGCCCGGCCACUUGGAGAUGGAGCAGGGCGGCUUCGGCAGCAUGUGGCCGGCCAGCAAGGGCAGCGAGCGCCAGGACUUCCCCGGGGACAUGCCGGAGGCGGCCGGAAUGCCGAGCGAGUUUGCCCCGGGCACGGACGGCCUCCCCGCCUCUGGAUACACUCAAGUCAAUCUGAAUAGCGGCAAAUUGCUAUACCAAAAAAAUUACAUGCCGGAUAGCCAACAAGUGCAGUCUGAUGAUUCUUAUCAGUCAUGUCAUUUCAAUAAUGGAGAGGGGCGCUUUCAUUUCCAACGAGGUACACUCAGUACGGAUGAUGGCAGGCUCAUUAGUUUUGAUUCAGUGGGUUCAUUGUCAGUUAGUUCUAGCAAUUACAGUUCUUUAAGUUUAAAGUCUUGUGAAAAGGACGGUGAGGAUGAUAUUAAUGAUGAUUUCUUGGCCCACUGCAGUCCCAAGCUAGUGAUCCAGCAGAGCAUAGAUGAAAUCACCCCUUUGAAGGAGUCCACGGACCUUUUAGACAUUUCCAACUUCACACCUGAUAGGUUCCGCCAGUCAUCGCUUUCGGAGAUGUCCCCUCCAGACACUCCCAACCUGUCCCCACAGAUAGCUGGCUCCGAUGCCAAGCCUCUGGGCACCCUGAAGGGCUUUCAGGAGAGCCCCCAGGCCUCCCUCAACAGUUCCGAGAAGGUCAAGUGGAACUGUGGGGUCCUGCAGACCGAGGAUCAGGCAGAUAAUGGGUUUGCUUUAAAUAAUCACCAGUUCCAGUUCCAUAUGUUCAACGAUGAAGAUUCUGUCAGCCUUCUCGAAAAGAGUCCAUGCUUGUCAACAUUUAAUGAGCCAUCUGGUCAAAUUAGCACCAAUAGCAAAGUGUCAAAAUCGAAGAGGAAAAGUUCAUCCAGCAAGAAUGUGGGUACAAACCAAAGCUCUUCCCAGAAAGCCACCCGGAAAAAAUCACCCAAAACCAACAAAGGAACCGAGAAGCCGCAAGGGAAAAACUCCAGGCAGGCACCCAAAUCCACCAGGAAAGGGAAAAAUGCAGCAGGAGUCAACGGCGAAAAGGCUCCAGCUGUUGGUGGCAGGGUGGUCACUCAGCUGGGCACUGUGGCCACGGCCACCAAGGGCAUGGCCGAGGGCACUCAGCACUGCGGCCCGGCAGGGGUGAAGCUGGGCAAGCACAACGGGCUCUCUGGAGAGUGGGCACUGGGAAAAGACGGGGGCACGGGCUGGUCGGAAGCCAGCCUGGGCAACGCCACCAGCCUCCUGGAUGACGACCAGAGGGAGUUCGAGGAGCCCUCCAACAUCCUGUCCAACAUCGCGUCGGGAAUGGCCGAUGUCCAGAGGUUUAUGAUGGCCUCCAUUGAGCCCUUGUGGGGGCCCGUCAGCCACAACAGCGUUCCAGACAUAUUCCGGUCACCGGAGUCCAACAGCCUGAAACUGAAAACUCUUAAAAUUUUGGCAGGGACGUCCCAAGAGUCGAAGAAGAAGGCGAACGGUGGCUCACCAGGGGCGGCGAAGAACCACAAGUCAAACAACAAGGGCUCAAGCAAAAACAGCAAAGCUGUGACCUGCGACCCCGGUCGCCCCAACUGCUCCACCGGGUUCACCACAGACAUUCACGCUCCCUUUUUUGAUAAAAACUAUAGUAACCUGAGCACUUUAGGCAAUAAUGGACCUACCCAUAAAAAACUCUACCGUCAUAAAUCCAGUUCAAAAUCACUGAGGGAUGAGAACUGUAAAAUCAAGCGGACGGACCGCGAACAGCCCCACAAGGACCCACCCGUGACAGCUGCUUUUGAGAAACUGAGGGAAUCAGACUCCAUUCUUCUUAAAGCAGAAACAGCAUUUUUGGGUUUUCCUGUAUUUGAAGAAGAGACUCCCUUUUCUAGAAAGACAGUUGAUGUUUGGUUCUUUUCUUAUCAUUUUUUUUUUUCCCGGUUGUUUUUUCUUUUUUUUCCCCCAUUGGUUCCUUUUCAAAAUCUGCCUUGUGGUCUGUUGAAAUGUAAGUGCUGAAAUGAAGAGUUUGAAAUUGUGGGAAUUUUAUUAUUUGAAAGCAAACCUAAUCUGGUAUUCUCUGUGAAAGACUGUUUUAAAAGUCAUACUGUUGUACAGUAGUUUAUGCACUAUUACCCACAACAACAAAAAAUUGUGCCAAACUAUGAACAAGUGACUGUAUUGUAUAUAUUUUUACUUCUCUAUCAACAUUGGGUUGUGAGUGUUUUCUGCAGCUAUGCCUUUUGGUUUUACUAGAAACAUUCCAGUUGUUAAGUACUAACCACCCCCCUUCGAAAGCACCUGUAACUCACGAUGAGAAACGAUUUUGUUCACUGAUACAACUUACCAAAAGUUUUAUGGACAUGACUAGAAGUGUGCCAAAUUUACUUACCUCAUUUCAUGGAUUCACCCUGUGGUUUAAAGCUCAUAAAGGGAAGAAAACAAAAAAAAAAAAAAAAAAAGAAAAAAAAAGGAAACAAAAAGGGGGGGAAAAAAAAAGAAAAAAAGGAACUUUGAAACCAAUGCUGGGAAAUGGUAACGUCCUCUCUUUGAAACCACGAGCAGAAAAACUUUAAUGGUGAAAUGUUGAGUUUCAUUAUAGGAGAGAGUUGCAAUGGUGGAGGAGUUCAGAAAACCACUGACGGUAAGUUUGCCAGGAACUCAAGUGUCUGCAUCUAGAGACUACAGAACAGCUGCUUUUCAAGUGUCUGUUUUCUUAAAGCAAAACCUGUAGCUGAAGAUCAUUUGAAAUGCAAAGUUACAUAGCUAAUUCUUUGUAUCUCAGUUUUAUAUAUUUUAUAAGAACCUGGGAUAGAUUCUGAAAUAGGUAUAAAACCAGAACUAAUACAUUUCAAACAUUAAGUGCUAUUCACUUUUCCUUUGAAUAGUUUCUUAAACAUUUUCGAUGCAGAGCCUGUCAGAAGUGCUCUCCCAUCAUAGCUUUGGUGUUUCCUCCAUGUCUAACUUUGCGAUGCCAAUAUAGUUUGAACUUUCGAAAGCAGAGUCAUUAAUUUAAGAUACAACUCUGAACUUUUUCUUUGAUUCAGUUCAUGAAACAAAUACAACCAAUGGAGCUAUUUGUGAUCUCACCAAUCAGGGCCGGAUCAUGACUGGACUUUAUUAAGACAGCGUUAAGUAUUGAAUGCUAAAUGUACUCUCAAAAGGCCUUACUUGUAACCCUCCUCACCACACCCUCACCCUCCACGAGAAUAAGGAACCCAACAAAGAUCUAUUUUCCUUGUGCAACUGAGAGCCUGUGUGUUUUGCUGCUGACUUCUCAUGAAAAACCUUGAUAUGCAAGAGCCCUGGGAGCAGAGGGAUGUGAGGCUUGGACACCUUAUGCAAUAGCAGGCAGUGAGGAAGAGGAGCCUUUCUAGCAGUGGACAGAUUACAUUGCUGAUACGGCCACAGGCGUAGUCGUGGUGUCACACAGAGGGCAGGACUGGGCUCAGGUUUCCUCCCAAUCCACCCACGCGCCAGGCAAAGCAGCAGAAUUGGUUUAAGUUCAUUUAGCAGAAAAGCAGAGCGAUCACUUAAAAUCGAAGUGGAGAUGCAGAGUGUUAGUUUAGAAUGGUGUUUUCAGCUCUUACCCAGCUUGGGGUGCAGUUUAGCUCGGCUCUGUGAUCCCAGAGAGAACAGCUCGGUAGCUGCAUUGUUGUAUUUAACAGAUGAAAGGAUGAACUCUGAAAAAAAAAAAAAGUAAUUAAAAAAACUCCUGUAAGUUCAUUUUUUCAUGGAAUAAAUGCUAGCGCUGCCUGGAGUGGGUUGGUGUGGAUGAGAGUGGUCCCUGGUGCCCCAUGGCAGGCAGCAUCCCACUCCAGCUCUGGCUCCAGGAGGGACAUCCACAAUAUGCUCAGGAUUUACUCUGGAGACAAGAGCUAUGGUAGACCUCCAACCCUGGGCUCUUGGGCUGGCCUGAAGCCACCACACUCUCCCUGCUUCCCCAGCAGCUCUCUUUUCUAUUCACAGGCUCAUCAGAUACUACAAGCUCCAACCACUGCUGUGGUGUUGGUAUAUUCCAGUUUUUCAGCAUUCCCCCCACGUGCUGCAGGAGUGGGUCUGGCAGCUCCCUUCUUUUGGAUGUUCUGGCUGCUGCUCUUACAGAGACAGGUCAGGCCCAGGGCUGGGAUGAGGCACAGACCUUCUUUCUGACCCAGAACCAUCAGUUGAAAGCACAUUUCACCUGGCCUGCACUGUGCUCCUUAUGCUUAAUGUUAUGAAUAUGGAACUCAGAAUAAAACCCCUUGUGCUGGACGGGAUAGCAAUACUGACUGCAUGUGAGGAAUGUGCAAUAGGGCAUGAAGAUCAGGCAUGAAACAUAUCGACUGUUUUAUCCAUGAAUACCUAGCUGGGUGUUUCAGAAUGGUGUUAAUCACAAAUUCCAGCUGCCUUGUUGCUCUCCUUCAGUCCUUCUACCAUUCCAGCUGCUGACAGCUUUGGUGGUCAUCCCGUGUCCUCCAAAAGACUGCUGGGAAGAUGUUAAAGAGCCUGGAUCCCUCAUGGUGUGGCACUGACCCUUCCCUGUGUCUGAAAAGGUCAUCGCUCUGCUGCUUGACCCCAAAAUUUAGAAAUUGCCUUGAGCUGACCAUUUUCCCUCCUUCCUUUUGAUCUUUAUAGAGUAUUUGGGUGGGAAGGGACCUUUGAAGGCCAUCUAGUCCAACUCCCCUGCAAAAAGGAGGGACAUCAUCUACUAGACCAGGUUGCUCAGAGCCCUGUCUGACCUGACGUUGAAUGUUUCCAGGGAGGAGACAGCCACCACCUCUCUGAGCAACCUGAGCCAGCGUUUCACCACCCUCAUAAAAAAUUUCUUAAGUCCUUGUCAGCAGGGCUGCUCUAAAUCCCUUCAUUCCCAGCCUUUGGAUCCCAGGGACUGCCCCAUCCCAGGUGCAGCACAUCGCAUUGGGCCUUGAACCUUAUGAGGAUCCCCUGGGCCCCCUUCUCAAGCUUGUCCUUGCCCCUGCAGAUGUCACUCUGUCCCUCAGGCAUGUUAACCUCACCACUCAGUUUGGUGUCAUCUGCACACCUGCUGAGGGGACUCAAUCCCAGUGUCUACAUCACCGGUGAAGAUACUCCACAUUGCUGGUCCCAGGACAGACCCCUGAGGGACAGCACUCACCACUGAUGUCCUCCUGGACAGUGAGCUGUUGACCACUGCCCUCUGGAUGUGACUGUCCAACCAGUUCCCCAUCUGCUGAACACUCCAUCCUUCAAAUCCAUCUCUCUUCAACACCCACCAGUUUAGAAAGGUGUUGUGGGGGACUGUGUGAAAGGCUUUACAGAAGUCCAGACAAAUGACACCUGGAGCCCUUAUCUUGUCCAUGGAUGCAGUCACUCCAUCCUAGAAGGCCAGUGGGCUGGCCAUGCAGGACUUGCCCUUGGUGAAGCUGUGCUGACUGUCCUGAGUCACCUCCCUUUCCUCCGUGAGCCCCAGCAGAGUUUCUAGGAGGGCCUGGUCCAUGGUGUUCCCAGGCACAGAGGGGAGGCUGACAGGGCACUGGUUCAAUGGUUUAGUUUUACCAGUCAUCCAAGACUUCAUCUGACUGCCAGGACUUUUCAGAGACUCUGGAGAGUGACUUGGUAACUUCAUCAGUCACCUCCCUCAGGGCUCUGGGAUGCAUCUCAUCAGGUUCCAUAGUCUUAGGUAUAUUCAGGUUCCUCAAGUGCUCACAAACUUGAUUUUUUCUUACAAUGGAAGGGACUUUGCUCCUCCAAUCCCUGUCCUGUGGUUCCACCACUCACAGGAGAUGGAAAGAGAGGUUUCCUCAACCUUCUCAUCCACUGUUAGUCUGCCAAUUGUGUCACUCCUGCUUUGACCCUUCCUUUUCAUGCUGACACACCUGUAGAAGCCCUUGUUAUUCUUCAUGUCUCUUGCCACAUUCAGCUCCACCUGCACCUUGCCUUCCUCACCCUGUCCCUGAACAACGUGACAGUAUCCCAGUACUCUUCCCAGGAUAUCGGUCCCUGCUCCUGCUGCCUGUGCAUCUCCUCUUGCCCUUCAGCCUGACCAGCAGGUCCCAACUCAGCCAGGCCAAUCUCUUGCCUUCCUUGCCUGAUUUCUUGCACCUGGGGAUCGAGAGCUCUUGCUUUCUAUGAAAAGCAUCCUGAAAGAUCUGCCAGCUCUCUCCUUGAAGAGCUGGCACUUCACUUUCCUAAGAUUCAUCUCCACCUGCCUAUCACUACCUCAAGGUUUUCACCUCCCACCUUUGCCUCAUCUCUCACCGUACAAACUCUUGUUCUCCAAUUGCAUUUUUGUUUUUCAUGGCACUUCUCACAGCUGUGGGAGGACAGGGAUGUGGGUCCCACCCAUCCCUGCCUGCCACCCCCACCCCUGGGGCUCCCUGCCCCUUCUUGUGCUGGCUCCCACCUCAGCCCAUCCUCUUGCCCAGUCCCAGUGCAACUUCCAUCCUCCUCCUGCAUCUCCUCGUUGGGCUCCGGGAGCUUGCUUGGCUCUUGGGAGCGAUGAAGCCAAGCCACACAGAAGAUGUUUAUUCUGCAGCAUCCCUUAAAAUGUCUUUUCUGCUUCAUCUCUUUUCACUCUGACUCCAGUGCAGGAUGGGAGGACAGUGCCAGCAGUGCUGCCGAGCCAUGGUGUCACCACGGUCUGGGUGACUUAGAAUUGGCACUGGCAUUAGAAAGCAGGAACUGGGCACUUCCAAAAGUCCUAAAAUCCAUCUGAGAGGAGAAUUCCACAGGGCAAGGUGAUACUAACCACUCUGCCACAGGAGCACAGGUCUCCCGUGGCACAGGAAUAGGAGAGAUGUCCUGCAGAAAGGAAUCCUGCAGCAGGAGCUAACCCAGCCCAUGGCCAUCGAUUGCAUUUAGAGGUUUUGUAAAUAGAAAAAUAUCAGUGAUGGGGAUCCAAUAAAAACCAUUUGGGUUUUUAUUACAAAAUACAUCUUACCAGGUUUUCAUCUUGCUUUUCUUUUUUUCUUUUAGCAUAGGAGGAUGGAUGUUUUUAAAAAAACAUCUUGAAAAUAAUGACUUGUGGACCAGAGGUAGCCAGGCAUUUUAGGAGGAGAAGGAAGAGGAGCAACAGGAGGGCAGGAGCAGCCACAGGACUGUCCUUGCCAUGCUGUGCUGUCCUGCUGAGGCUGGGUCAGCUUGGAGAGGAGAAGCCAAGGCUGGCUGGUGAUUGCUUGGAGAAAACAUUGCUGCACCACUUGCUCGUUUAACAAUCAGGAUUGCUGUUAAUUUUUUUGGCAUUAUGGGCCAAACAAGCCAGGAACCAAAAUAAAGAUGUUUUAAGCAUUGUCAUCCUUUAGCUGCUGGACCAUGUUCUUUCUCUAAGCUCCCCAUCUAGCAAAGCACUUAGGUGGGAGCUCACUCCCAGGGGCUCUCAUGUCCCAAGUGCUUUUCCAGCCAGUGAUGUCAAGUCCCAAGAGAAACUCCCCUGAAGUCAGUGUAAGUGGGAAGAGGAUCAGGAGCGUGGACUUGGGUUGGUGCAGGAUCAGGCCCUCGGUCUUUGCUUGGUCAAUUCAGUGUGUUGGACUUUGCCUGUGCAGCUCCCAGGGUGUCCAGUGGAGGUUGCAUGGUUCAAACUGCUGACAUCUAUUGGAGAAUGUGCCUCUUUAUCUCUUCAGCAUGUGAAAUAAUGCAAAAAAAAAAAAAAAAGAAAAAAAAAGAAAAAAAGAAAAAUAUAAAAUAAACCAAGUACAAUGUCUGUGGUAGAAGCAAGGCUUUUCAAAUCUGUUUCUCAGGUAAACAAGUGACACUAAUGACAGUGGAGUAACAGCCAUCUAAGGGAAUUGGGAUCUGAAGCAGGAGGAUUCCCUCCAUCUUGCAGGAUGCUUGGGUUGCCAGACACGUUUACUGAGCCUUUAAACACUUGGUGCAAAAGGAAACAAGAAAUAAAAUUGGUCUUUUCACUACCCUUCGCUAGCUAGACAGACAGACAGACAGAUAGACGCCCAUUUCUAAAGCACAAAGGGAAGACUUAAACCUAGACUAAACCACACACACACACAAAACCAAGGUACCAGUGAAACUCCUUUUGUCUCUUACUCCCGGUGGGAAGCAGGGUAGAAAUCCAAGGAGCUGCUCUGUUCCGCUGCCCCGGCGCCGGCCGGGCGCUUCGACUGCUGCCUCCAGAGAUGUGAAUGUACUGCUCCUUGAGUUCCCUUCCAUAGAACUAGAGGCACCUCGUUAGGAAGUUGCUCCUGUUUUAUGGUGCUAAAGAAAACUUUUAUUCCCCCCCUUGAGCAUUUAAGAACUAUUAAAUGGCCCUUUUUAUGAAUGUAACAUAUCCAUUUCUGUUCCACAUUUUACACUGCAAUUUUAACAUGUUUGGAAAUGAUUUGCCUUUUUUCUUUUAGAAUAAGCUUUAUAAAUAUUCUGUAGAGUCAAUUGAAGUAUAAUUCUUAAGGAUCACUCUAAGACGCCUACAAAAUCUUGUAUAUUUUUAAGUGUGCCAAUUUGUAAAAUAUUUUGUAAGUGUAUAUUUUUCUUAGAAAAGUGCUGUGAAGUGUUUGUAUGUGUGAGGUUUCCCUUUUUUUGCACCUUCGGGUGUUAAUAAAAGGAUGUAUACUUAAGAGUUUCUGGUUUUAAAAACCAAAAUACAAAGAAAAAAAUUAAACUUUUGUUGGGAAUUUUGUAAUAAAAAGAAAUGUUGUGAAAGAGUGUAGUGAUAUUGUGUAAAGGAAACUGGAAAAUUUGUGAGCGCUUUGCUGUUUUAUAGAUCCUCUUGUAAAUUAUUCUUGUAAUAUUUUGGGUUUUGUUGUUCUUGUUGCAAAGGUUUUAAAUAUUUGUGACUGACUCUGUAUGGUGAAAACGUCAUAUUGUUAACUUGCUGAGUUUUGUUAUAUUGUUUAUGGAAUAAAUAAAAAAAUUUAAAAUCUCAUUUUAAGAUCAUGUAUGAAGAAGAAAUUAAA